CCAGAGUACAGACGGGCGGUACAGAGGGCAAUGGCCUACUGGAUGCUUCACACCUGCAUCAAGUUCGUGGAGGUUCGUGAACCAACGGGUCCUCACCUGAGACUCGUCCGCGGUUCCGUGUGUCGCUCCGCCGUUGGCCGCGUGUCCAAGACUGGCCAAGACGUUGUUAUUGGACAAGGCUGUCGCAAGUUUGGACGCAUUGUUCGGCUCCUGGCCCGUGCUCUUGGUUGGUAUGAUGAACACAAUCGGCCGGACCGCGACUUGUAUGUGCAUGUCAACGAAGAGAAUGUGGUGCCCUUCCUUCGCUACCGGCUUGGUAAAUUGCCCUCACAGCUGGUGGCUGACUUUGGCUUGCCAUACGACUUUACUUCCCUCAUGCACGCCGAUGCACAGUUUCUCUCGAUCAACGGCAAGACCACACUGGCCACUCUGAACCCUCUGCUACAAGGCCUAAUUGGUCAGAGUCGUGGCCUCUCGCACCGAGAUAAGCUGCUCGCCAACCUCAUGUACCGCUGCACAGCUAAAUGGAUACAAGCCUGUGGCCUGGCUGAGGAAAGAUGCAGUGAAGGAGGAUACACCAAACGGGAUUGUUCGUGUGCUUGUCCCGCUGGAACAUCCGGUGUUAGAUGUGAAAAUGUCACCGGGCAGUAUUAUGACAGUCUUGUGCCCGCCUGCACAGAGGUGGUGCAGACGCAGACGAACAUAUCUUCUCCAGGACAUCCAGGGAACUAUGAUCGAGACAUCUGGUGCGUGAAGUGGAUCAAGGCGCCCCCUUGCUACACCCCCGUCAUCACUUUCCACGCCUUCCACCUGUACGGUAGGAACACCUACAGGGACGACCGGCCGCUGUGUUACCUGGAUUUUUUAGAGAUUAGAAGCCAUAGUCUUUACAGCGGCGAAGUGUAUUGUGACAAGGAGAUCUCGUCCGGCCAGAUCUUUACCUCUUCGUCAGGCGACCUAGUGUUGUAUUUCAAGACCCAGACAGACUAUUUCCCUGGAUGGGCGGCCUCCGUCACCUUCAAUCCCAUCUCUGGCUGCCUCAGUAACGAAACCACACCUGUGCCCACAUCUCCCAAUUCGCUGACUACCCCAGCAGCAAACACCACCACGGCAACUCCAAACCCCACCCCAUCAUCUACAACUACCUCCACUACCAACACCCACUCCACCAAUACAACCACAGCCACCUUUACUACUCUCACAACCACUACACCUACUACCACUACAACCACUAUUCCUACAACCACUGCAACCACUACUCCUACCACUACAACCACUGCUUCUACAACCACUGCAGCCACUACUACUGCUACCACUACAACCACUACCCCUUCUACCACUACAGCCACUACUCCUACCACUACAGCCACUACUUCUACCACUACAGCCACUAGCCCUUCUACCACUACAGCCACUACUCCUUCUACCACUACAGCCACUACCCCUUCUACCACUACAGCCACUACUACUACCACUACAGCCACUACUCCUACCACUACAGCCACUACCCCUUCUACCACUACAACCACUACUACCACAACAGCCACUACCCCUUCUACCACUACAACCACUGCUCCUUCUACCACUACAGCCACUACUCCUACCACUACAGCCACUACCCCUUCUACCACUACAGCCACUACUACUACCACUACAGCCACUACCCUUUCUACCACUACAGCCACUAUCCCUUCUACCACUACAGCCACUACUACUACCACUACAGCCACUACCCUUUCUACCACUACAGCCACUAUCCCUUCUACCACUACAGCCACUACUCCUACCACUACAGCCACUACUUCUACCACUACAGCCACUACCCCUUCUACUACUACAACCACUACUCCUACCACAACAGCCACUACUCUUACCACUACAGCCACUACUCCUACCACUACAGCCACUACCCCUUUUGCCACUACAGCCACUACUCCUGCCACUACAGCCACUACCCCUUCUACCACUACAACCACUACUCCUUCUACCACAACAGCCACUACUCCUACCACUACAGCCACUACCCCUUCUACCACUACAACCACUACUCCUUCUACCACAACAGCCACUACUCCUACCACUACAGCCACUACUCCUACCACUACAGCCACUACUCCUACCACUACAGCCACUACUUCUACCACUACAGCCACUACUCCUACCACUACAGCCACUACUCCUACCACUACAGCCACUACUCCUACCACUACAGCCACUACCCCUUUUGCCACUACAGCCACUACUCCUACCACUACAGCCACUACCCCUUCUACCACUACAACCACUACUCCUUCUACCACAACAGCCACUACUCCUACCACUACAGCCACUACUCCUACCACUACAGCCACUACUCCUACCACUACAGCCACUACCCCUCCUACCACUACAGCCACUACCCCUUCUACCACUACAGCCACUACCCCUUCUACCACUACAGCCACUACCCCUUCUACCACUACAGCCACUACCCCUUCUACCACUACAGCCACUACCCCUUUUACCACUACAGCCACUACUUCUACCACUACAGCCACUACUACUCCUACCACUACAGCCACUACUCCUACCGCUACCCCUUCUACCACUACAGCCACUACUACUACCACUACUUCCACAACAGCCACUACCCCUUCUACCACUACAACCACUGCUUCUUCUACCACUACAGCCACUACUCCUACCACUACAGCCACUACCCCUUCUACCACUACAGCCACUACUCCUACCACUACAGCCAGUACCCCUUCUACCACAACAGCCACUACUACCACUACAGCUGCUACUCCUACCACUACAGCCACUACUACUACCUCUACAACUACUAUCCCUACUACGACUACAACCACUACCCCUACCACUACUACUACCACUACAACAACUGCAACCACUACCCCUGCUACCCCUACUAUCACUACAACUACUACCUCUUCUACCACUACAGCUACUCCUACUGCCACUACAACCACUAGACCUACUACCACAACAACCACUACCCCUACUACCACCACAACUACCACCCCUACUACCACUACAAUCACCACCCCCACUAAUUCAACUACUAUUCCUACUACUGCAACCACUACUCCCACCACAAUAAAUACUACUACUGCUUCUAGAACUACCACUUUUACUACAACCACUGCACUUACUACAACCACUAUUCCUGCUACAAGUUCAACUACUAAUGUGACUACUACUGCCACUACAACUACCACUCCUUCCAUCACUACAACCACUACUGCUACCACUGCAACCACUGCUCCUGCUAUCACUACUACUACUUCUGCUACCACUGCAUCUACUACUGCUACCACUACAACUGCUACCCCAACUACCAAUGCAGCUACUACUACAACUAAUACUCCUGCUACUACAACUACUACUCCUGCUUCUACUACAACUACUAUUCCUGCUACCAUUACAACCACUACCUUUCCUACCACUGCAUCCACUACUACCAUCACAACCACUACUACAACUACUCCCACUACUACAACUGCCACUGUUGCAACCACUGCUCCUACUGAUACAACCACUACUGCUACAACCAUGACUCCCAUUAUGACUACUGCAGCUACUUCUACUACUACAACCACUACAGCUACCACUCCUGUCACUACAACCAAUCCUACUGCAAGUACAACAACUACAACCACCACCCCCAGUAAUACUACUACAACAACUAUCCCCACUACUACUGCAUUCACUACUGCCAAUACAACCACUACCCUUACCCCCACUAAAACCUCAACUAGCAAUACUACUACCAUUGCUGCCUCAACUACUGCCAUCACUACACCUACCACCUCCAUCACCUCUUCCCUCACCACCACAACUACCACAGUAACCACGAACAAUACCACCAUGUCUACCACCAUCACUAUCACCCCUUCCUCUUCUGCUACUAGUACUAAAACCUCCAUUACAACUCUCACCACUUCUACAACACCAAGAAAAAUUACAUCCACUGCCAUGACCACCCCCAUUUCCACCACUACCAGCCCCAACACUGCAAUAACUACUACUUCAGCCACUACAUUCACCACCACCCCUACCACCACAACAGCCUUGACAGUAACCACCUCUAAGAUCCUCACCACCACUGACACUGGCACCUCAAGCCCUAACCCAAACUGUGGACUGGAGGACAAGCGACGCAGGUAUCACUGGACCUCUCCUAAAUUCCCAUGUCAAAACUACCCCAACAACUUCACCUGCAUCAUCAGGGGAGGAUCGAGGAGACCAUUCUGGGCAAUCUUCCAGUUUAAUGUGUUUCAGCUGUCUCUGGGUUGUGGUGAUCUGGUGACUCUCUCACUUCCCUUCAGCAGACAGGUGGUUUUUUGUGGUACCCGGAGCAGGCCAUAUCUAGCUCCAACAUUCAACUUUGAGGCAUCUUUCACCACAGAUGCUGACAGGACAGACAUUGGCUUUAACAUCACUGUAACGCCUAAGAGGUCACCAUGUCACAAGCGUGUGCUGCUGACUGAGAAUGACACUCUGGGCAAUGUUUCCAUCUGGAAGACAGGGAGAGUGAAGCAGCUGGUCCUGUGUGAGUGGUGGAUUGAGGCUCCACAAGGUAGUCGUCUUAGGGUUGAAAGAGUGAUGACUACUCUUGCCUGGACUAAGAACUGCAAGAGUGACUACCUGGUGAUCAAUGGGGAGGGGCACAGGAUGUACCCUGCCGACUCCAGCGUCAUAUAUUGUGGUCGGAUGAAUGCAGUGGCACCCCUCACGACCUCUGGCAACCUGCUGCUUGUGGUGUACAGGGCUAGAGUGCCGUGGAGCAAAGGCUUUGUGUUGCACUACAAGAUACUGACAUAAAUUGUGAGAAGAAAGUGUACCAUUACAAAAUGUGUGAAGAUCAGUGGCCAUGUCCCAUAAGACAUUAGUGAUGGGAUAAACCAAUUUAUACCUGAAUGUGGUGGCACUUCUGCCAUCCAGAAACCUGCACCUUGUGGUGGGUUGAAUGUGCCAUGAAGGAAGGUAUAUGAGCAAAGAUGGAAAUGG